CUCCUCCUGCGGGCGCGCAGGCGAGGGCGGGCCGGGGCCGCCCUGUUAUUUGACCCGCGCGCGCGCUCGCCGGCUCUCUCCACCGGGAGCCUCAGCCCGCGCUCUGCUCCCGCCGCUGCCUCCCUCCCUCCCUGCGGCGCGGCCAUGCCCAACAUCGUGCUCUUCAGCGGCAGCUCGCACCAGGACCUGUCCCAGCGGGUGGCCGAGCGGCUGGGGCUGGAGCUGGGCAAGGUGGUGACCAAGAAAUUCAGCAACCAGGAAACCAGUGUAGAGAUUGGUGAAAGUGUGAGAGGGGAAGAUGUGUAUAUUAUCCAGAGUGGCUGUGGAGAAAUCAAUGAUAACUUGAUGGAACUUCUCAUAAUGAUCAAUGCUUGCAAGAUUGCAUCAUCGUCCAGAGUGACUGCAGUAAUUCCAUGUUUUCCGUAUGCCAGGCAAGAUAAGAAAGACAAGAGUCGUGCUCCAAUCUCUGCAAAACUUGUUGCCAAUAUGCUGUCUGUUGCUGGGGCUGACCACAUCAUCACCAUGGAUUUGCAUGCUUCUCAGAUACAGGGUUUCUUUGAUAUUCCAGUGGACAAUCUGUAUGCAGAACCUGCAGUGUUGCAAUGGAUUAAAGAGAAUAUUUUGGAAUGGAGAAACUGUAUCAUAGUCUCACCUGAUGCAGGUGGAGCAAAAAGGGUUACUUCAAUCGCAGAUCGACUGAAUGUUGAAUUUGCUCUGAUUCACAAGGAAAGAAAGAAAGCUAAUGAAGUGGACAGAAUGGUCUUGGUUGGUGAUGUGAAAGAUAGGAUAGCUAUUCUUGUCGAUGACAUGGCUGACACAUGUGGCACAGUAUGUCAUGCAGCAGACAAGUUAGUGUCUGCUGGAGCCACUAAAGUUUAUGCUAUUCUGACUCAUGGAAUCUUCUCUGGCCCUGCUAUUUCUCGGAUCAAUAAUGCUGCAUUUGAGGCUGUUGUAGUAACUAACACAAUCCCACAGGAUGAGAAAAUGAAAAAUUGUCCCAAGAUUCAGGUUAUUGACAUUUCCAUGAUUCUGGCUGAGGCAAUCCGAAGAACACACAAUGGUGAAUCUGUGUCCUAUCUGUUCAGCCAUGUUCCACUAUAACUGCAAGAGAUUAGUGGUUUCCUAUUGGCUGUGUUCACUGUCACUGUUUUUUUAAAUAAUGCGACUCAACAAUGAGAUGACUCUCUUGGUAAAAAGCUUCAGCUCUUACAUACUUAAAGAUGUUUUUGUUUUCUAAUUAAUCUUUGUUCAUUGUAAAUGGGCAAUACAGCUCCAUUUUGCAAAAUCUCUUAUGAAUACACUUGAGGAUUUUGAAGGGGAGGCUUCAAUACUUACCUGUGACUUAUUCCUACAGGUAACUUUUUGAUUCUGUAUUUGCCUACAGCAAGAGGGUCAAUACCAUUUCAAAACUUUAUAUUUGUGGGGCUGCCAAAGGUAGCCCAAUUUUAAAAUAUUUCAUAUUUAGUUUAUAUUUAAGUUGGAUGGGCAAUGAUGUAGUUCUCCUGCUGUGUAAUACUGAACCUUUGUCUAGGCUGUUAACUGAACAUUGGAAAAAGGGUCAAAUGUGUAUUCCCUUAACAGUAAAAUAUUUUCUUUCUUUUAACUUGACAGAAAUUCUGUGGUAGCUUGAUGCCCACCUACUUCAUAUACCUCAUGAUUAAAAAUUGCUGGGCAAGUUCACUUUUUGUGGGGUCAGCAUAACUGUAGCUUAGAGAUUAGUUGCUUGUGCUCUCUUCCUACUAAACUACUGCUUCAGAUGUCUAAUCUCUGAAGCUGGGACCACAGCCACCAUUUCUCUGCAUAUGGUAGUUUCAAAAUGUUACGCUUCAUUUGGAAUGAAAUGUGUCAAUUAUAGGCAACUUGUAUGUAUACGUUGGCCUUUCAAGUAAAUUACUAAAGUUUGACCUUUAUUUAAAUCUUCAGUUUUAACCAUGAGUCUGUCACUUUGUAGGUCUUUUCAAUAAAAUUUGAGACUUCCAUAACACAAUUAAAGUGAACUAUUGACACAGUAUAUUCAGUGUGCAACAUUUUGGAGCGUAUGAAAUUCCAAAGUUCAAACAGUGAUUGUGUAUGUGUGUAAAAUGGGUUCUCUUUUUUCCCCUCUGGAAAGUUCAUUGCACUAUAUCAUUCUGUUCUGCUCUAUGUUGCUCAGCUGCAGUUUUCAGUUUUCCUGUUCAUAGUUCAGUAUUUGACAUGUCAGCCAAACCUGUUAUGUUAAUACAUCUGUUAACGUGUAAAUUUUAAUGGUCACUAGUAUUAGUGGUAUAGUAAAACAUUUCUUAAAGCUUUCCCACCUCCUUGCAGACAGUGGAUCUUGACCAUUCUGUUAGGUGAGAUCUUCAUUGUUGUGCAGCUAACUGAGUGGUCUGGUUGCUCAACAGUCUUAGUUACUCAGUAACAAAGGAGCAAAAACCAUUGUGAAAAUAACAGUUUGCAACUAAAAUGUUGAGAGCCUUAUCCUUAAGUACUGAUGGUAAAUUCCUUUAGAAAUUUUACAGAUUUAUGACUAAAUCAAAAUUCUUACUCUUGGAGAUUACAACUCCAAGUUCUAAAGGGACUUGACAACCUAAAAGCAUAGAGAGCUUCAGCUGAGCUAAGAUAACAUUCACACACCUAGUUCAUGGGAGGAUAUCCAGUUUUCUACCUGAUGUAGUUAAUUACAAUUUCAUUUUCCAUAUCUUAGAAAUGAGUCUCUUAAUUGUUUUAUUGUGGGGAUUCCCCCCCAAAAAACUGAUUUCUGCCAAUCUUACCAUAUUAUGGUAUAACUUUAAAUAUGCUUGCUUUUUCUGUUGCAUCUGAGGCAGUCUAAUGUUCUAGUCCAGUGUUUACCUAAUUCUAAGGCUGAUUUUAGUUUGGGUAUGCCAGCUCUUUUAGGGAUUUAAAAAAAUCCACUUGACUGCUUUUAUCAGUAAGGAGAAGAAUAGUGGUGGAGAGCACAUCCAUGUCAGUAAUCCAAAGAAAAUGCAAUUCAGGUGUCUGUGUCUACUGAGAACUUCUAGCCCUGGUUUAAUUUUCAAAUCUUGUAUUGUGGCCGGAUGAAUUUGUGGCCUACCUGCUGCAAAAAAGGUUUUAUAGAGAAUUAUUUAACCUCUUGUAGUCUUAAUUUUUAGAGAUUUCUAGCUUUAUCACAUUGCAGUUAAGUCUACCCCAAAACUAUGGCUGAUUAGCCAUGAUCAUACCAAACUUUCUUUUAACUUACCUCUUCUUUUGCUAGUAUAUGUAGUACCAUAGACAAUAACUGUUAUCUUGCUCUGCAAAUCAGGGCUCUGUUACAAAUGAAAUGUUGAACUGUUUUGCCACUACUAUGCUCAAGUAUUCUUAAUAAAUCUUAAAACUGCUUGUGUUUA